AUGUUUUCAAAUAUUGUGCAAGGCCUCGUUCAAAGCCUAGAGCAAGUAUGUCCACAAUCCGAGCAUCGUACAUGUGUUAGGCACUUGUACGCGAAUUUCAGAAGUGAAGGUCAUCGGGGUGUGCUACUGAAAGACCUUCUAUGGCAAGCUCUUGCAGCAUACACAAAGCAAGAGUUCUACAUAGUGAUGGAUGAGAUAAAGAGAACUAGCAAGGAUGCCCAUGCAUACCUGGAGAAAGUUGACCCCAACACAUGGUGUAGGGGUUGGUUCAAUACCAAUGUCAAGUCUGGCCUCUUACACAAUAAUACAUGUGAGAGCUUCAAUUCUUGGAUCAAAAAGUUUCAUGACCAGACUAUCUUGUCCAUGUUGGAAGGAAUUAGAUACAAGUUAAUGAGAACGUACGUGAGGAAGAAGGAGAUGAUCAAUUCAAUGGAGGAGGCCAUAGGGCCAAAGAUUAGAAAAAAACUUGAAAAGGAAGAGGAUGAAGCCAGUUCUUGUUGUUGUACAUAUGCUGGACAGGGUAUGUUUGAAGUUGAGUGCCUCGGGAGGAGGUUUGUUGUAGAUGUGGAUGCUAGAACUUGUGGCUGCAGGAAAUGGGAUGUAACUGGUAUCCCAUGUUCUCAUGCCAUUUCAGCCAUUUUACACCAAGAUGGAGACCCUAAUGAUUAUCUCAGUCCAUACUACAGCAAGGAGAUGGACUUGAAGUGCUAUGACUACAUUAUCUACCCUGUGCCAAGUGAAGAGCAAUGGCCUAGAAGUGGCCAACCUAACAUUGAGCCACCCAAAUCGAGAGUAACUCCUGGCAGACCAAAAAAACUUAGAAAUAUAGGUGUUGAAGAACCAAGAAACCCUAGUGCAAUCAGGAAGGGGGGAAAUAAGAAUCAAUGUGGGCACUGUCGGAAGUUUGGUCACAAUAAGAGAUCAUGCGAAGCUAAGCUGCGACAUGAUGAAAGAAGGGACCGUGCGAGACAAUUUUACAGAGAGAAUGCAUCAAUUGACUGGAGUUUGGACAUGUUUGCUGUAUUUACUAUUUGUUGA